CAGCCACCUCCUGCCAGCGCAGGGCCAGCGGGCAGCCAUGCCGAGGGCGCGAGGCGGCUGCCCGGGCCCAGCACACCGCGGGGAUGGCGGCCGGGAGCCAUGGCGGAGCGCGGCGCCGGGGCUGCCCCCGGCACGGUGAGGCACGGCGGGGAGCCGCAGUAAGAAAUCAAGAUGCUCUUCAAGGAAAGGAUCCCUGCCUGGGACAGAUGAUGGAGCACCACAGAUAAGCGCUCCCUGCUGAGGGCUGAGAUGUGGUAGGAGCCGGAACAGCAAAACCUGGUCGUGCCACACAGCCUGGGGACAGGGACAGGACAUGCACUGCACCGGCUGCCUCCUCCUGGGACUCCUCCUCCUCCUGCUCAGCGUGACCAGCACAGGCAGCUUUCCCCGGGCAGGCCGCAGGGUCUGUGCCGUGGCACCGCAGGGUCGGGCAGCCACCUACAGCGAGUCCCACGUGCAGCCCAUCUACCAGCCCUACCUCACCACCUGCCCUGGCCCCCGCCUCUGCAGCACCUACAGGACCAUCUACAGAAUUGCCUACAGGCAGGUGCAGAGGCAGCUGCCCCAGCCCCUGGGCUCGUGCUGUCCUGGCUGGAGCAGAGCUAACAGCCACACGCUCGGCUGCAACAGAGCUGUGUGCUGGGAGCCGUGUCAGAACGGAGGGAGCUGCACCUUCCCCGACCGAUGCGCCUGCCCGCCCGGCUGGGCAGGGACAGCCUGCCAGACAGACGUGGAUGAGUGUGCCGGGCAGAGCCACGGCUGCACUCAGCUCUGCGCCAACACGGCCGGGAGCUACCGCUGCGCCUGCCGGGACGGCUUCAGCCUCGCUGCUGACCACAAGACCUGCCAGCCCCUGCUGCCAGCACCCCAGCCAGAAACCUCCAGCCAAGCAGAUCCUCCCAGUGAAAUGAAGGAAGAAAUGAAAGACUUGAAGAGCAGAGUGGAAGCGCUGGAGCAGAAACUCCAGCUGGUGCUGGCACCCUUCCACAACCUCAUGCCCUCGGCGCCAGAGGACGUGGGCACAGACCCCGUCAGCCGUCUGUCGCACUCCCUGCAGCAACUGGACAGAAUCGAGUCCCUGAGCGAGCAGAUCUCGUUCCUGGAGGAGCGCCUGGAGACCUGUUCCUGCAAGACUGAGCUCUAGCUGAGCACCUGAGCAAGCUGAGCACAGCCUCACCCUCCGGCCCCACGCUGGGGACAGAGCCACAGCACCUCCAGGCAGGGAGCAGGAGAAGGCUCCUUCCCCAUCAGCAUCUCCAUCAUCUUUCUCUUCUAACUCACUUUACCAAAGACCACAUGGUUGCCUACAAACUGAACUCUGGGCCCUCAGCAUCUCUGCUGGAGAGGCAGCAAAUAAACACCUUCCCUGGUGCUGUCAGGGCCUGAGCUGGGCACAGGAAGGCAUGUGGGGCUCAGCUCUGCUUUCACUUUGUGUUCCCCUGGGACACCACCUCCCUGGGGCUGUCCCCCACACCUCUGCCUGCUCCCACCCAGAGACAGGUUCCUUUUGCAGGGUGCCUCCUCCUUUCCCACACUUGCUGCUCCUGCUGGCCCUCCCCUGUGGCAGCCCUGGGCCCUGCAGAGCAGCAACAAGGACAAAGCUUCUCCCUAAGCCUGAAGGCACAGGCAGUGUUUUUACUUGCUUCCUCUUAAAACCAUUCCCUGCAAUGCUCUCCUUGUCAACCCAGAGCACACAGGGACAAACCUGUGCCCACAAGGAGGGAGGAACAGGCCUCUGCCCACCCAGGCAGCUGGCCCAGUGCUGUGUUUGCCCUGGCACAAGCCCCAGCCGUGGUGCUGUGGGCCCAUGGCACACACAGCUGCUGCCAGCAGCCUUUGCUCCAGCCCAAGGGCAGCAGCAGACGUGGCUGACCUGGUACGAGGCUUUUCCUGUGUGCCCAGAGCUGCAGGAGCCCUGUGGGCAAGGGGGGGGCUGUCCUGAAAUAAAGCCUCCUGCUGCCCA